AUUUGAUUGGGUUAUUUAUCACAGAAUACUCCCAAGAUUUGCAUUGAUUUCCAUAGUAUGUUCUGUCUAUUUUUAAAUCUACAAAUAACAGUGUUCUCUCUGCUAGACACCAAAGAGAACCCAGGAAAAACACAUAUUGAUACAUCCUCUUAGACCUUCUUAUCUGUCUAGAAAAUAACAAGAAUGGCUAGCAACUCACCUUCUCCACUUGAUAUCCUUAUCUGGACUAUUAUAGUAAUCGAAUACAUUGUUUCUUUUCUAGGAAAUGGAUUUAUCAUGGUUGUUCAUGGACAUCAAUGGCUUCAAAAAAGAAAGAUGUUACCUUAUGGUUUCCUCUUAAUUAGUUUAAGCACCUCCAGAUAUAUGAUGCAUCUGCAAUCUUCACUGAACUAUAUUCUGCAUAUUGCCUUCUCCGAGCCCUGUAUCGGUUUUUCUAUUACAAAAAUUGGAGAUGUUAACUGGAUCUUCUUCAACAUGAUCAGUGUUUGGGCUGACACAUGGCUAAGUGUUUUAUACUGUGUGAAGGUCACUAACUUUGCCAACUGCCUCUUCCUCUGGCUGAAGCCAAGGAUCAACAAUCUUAUACCCAGACUGUUUGGAAUGUCAAUAGUCAUUUCCAGUUGA